AGUAAACCAUAAGGAUGGAUCUGAUCAAACUUGCCGUGUCCCUUCACUACCUGCUGUGCUCUGCGUGGGCCCGCCACUCUUACAUGGACAGCAUCCUCUCCCCCCGCUCAGUUCUCAGUUUUCUGGAUGAGCCGCUGACGUUUGACCCCUGCUGUCUGAUGUCCCCGCCCCCCCCGCCUCUCUUCCCCCCGCCGCCUCAGCUGUGGAAGCAUGGCAGCCCCGGUGGUGUUAGCGUGUUGGAGCCAAGCGUGUUUGGAGGAGAGGUAAAGGAGAAGGAAAAACCUGUCACACCUGGGUGUUCAGCUGGACCUCCAGGACCCCUAGGACCCCAGGGCCCGGAGGGUCAAGGUGGAUUACCCGGCAUCCGAGGACCACGAGGCGAGAAGGGAGAAAUUGGACGUCCCGGGUCAAAGGUGCGGGAACAUCCUCAGCGGGCUUCCAGGGUUCUGCUGGAUAUUGAGGCUGGUGCCCCAGUUAUUCUCAUCCCAGAGAGCUCAUGCUCGCCGAGGGUCAUUGUGGCCAACCUCGGCCAGCUGAGGGUGCAGAACAGCUUCCUGCCGGCAGGGGCUCAUGGGACUUUCUCCCUCAGAGACAAGGUAGAGAAACUCACCAUGGCCCAUGCCUUUUUCCCUUCUCUGAAUAAUUGGCACCCGAGCCCAGCUGGCACAGAGAACUGA